AUGCCUACUCAGCCAAGAUUAAGUCUUCAUACUUUACCAAUUGAAAUGAUUUAUCGUAUUCUCGAUCAGUUUGAUGAUGUUUCAACUAUUUUCUGGUCGUUGCAAAGUGUUUGUCAAAGAUUAAAUAAAAUUCUAAAUACUUAUCAACGAUAUAAAACAAGAAACGACAGAAAACAAAAUGUUACGACAAUAUUUUCUGUGACUCUUGAUGGAAGUAUUACACGAACAAUUCACAUAAGUAACAGUCAAGGUUUUGAUAAACAAUCAGAAGAAUGUUCCUGUAAUAUAAAAUGGAGUUUAACAGUAACAACAAUCAUCGGCAAUGGUUACAGUGCUGGUUCAGAUCAAUUAUCAUUUGUUGGUGGUAUAUUUAUAGAACCUAAAACAUAA